CGCAGAACAAUUUCCGUUGCCCCUCUCACCUCACACUCGACAGAGAUCGAGAGCUUCUCUCCUCCUUUUGGUUCGAUUUGGGGGCGAGGAAGCGAUGGGUCCAGGAUUGUACUCCGAUAUCGGCAAAAAGGCGAGAGAUCUUCUUUACAAAGACUACCAGACCGACCAGAAGGUCACUCUGACCACCUACACUUUGAAUGGAAUCGCUAUCUCUGCAUCAGGCACAAAGAAAAAUGAAUUGAUCUUCGGUGAGCUUCAGUCUCAGCUGAAGAAUAAAAAUAUCAGUUUUGAUGUUAAAGCCACUUCAGACUCUAAGCUUCUUACAACUGUCACAGUUGAUGAACUUGCAACACCUGGGUUGAGAUCAAUUUUCAAUUUUAUCAUACCGGAUCAGCAGUUGGGAAAGGUUGAGCUGCAAUACCUGCAUGAUUAUGUGGGUGUAACUGCUGCUGUUGGAUUGACUGCCAACCCUAUUGUCAACCUUUCUGGAGUGGUUGGAACUAAUGUCUACUCUGUCGGAGCUGAUGUGUCAUUUGAUACUGCAACAGGAAACUUCAUCAAGUGUAAUGGAGGGUUGAGUGUCAUCAAUGCUGAUCUUAUUGCCUCAUUAACUGUAAAUGACAAGGGAGACAGCAUAAAUGCCUCCUAUUACCACCUGGUGAGCCCAUUAUCCAGUACUGCAGUUGGGGCAGAGCUAACUCACAAUUUCUCGACCAACGAGAACAGCCUAACCUUUGGGACUCAACAUGCCCUGGACCCCCUUACCAUUGUCAAGGCUCGCCUCAACAAUUAUGGCAAAGCUAGUGCACUGAUCCAACAUGAGUGGAGGCCGAAAUCAUUCUUCACCAUCUCUGGGGAGAUCGACUCAAAAGCCAUUGAGAAGGGUGCUAAGGUUGGGCUGGCCUUGGUCCUCAGGCCCUAAUGAAAGGACUCUAUGGGUUAUUUAGCAUCGUCCUUCUGAUUCCAGGACUUGUAUGUUCAUCUUCGUCGCUCCCUUGCAAUGUCAGAUUCUCUCUGUUUGGUACAAACGUGGCCUUGUAGGAACAGUAACUGUGUUUGCUCCUAAUGGGUAUCAACUUCUGUCUUCAAGUCUCAAAUCUGGUUAAGCUCUGCAAGCCACUAUGCAGUUUCUUUUAGUAGUGCAAAACCUUGUUAUUAAUAGUGUGUCUUGAAAUGUCUUUUUCUGUUUU